CAAAUAUAAAUUUUAAAACAACAACAAAUGAGGUUCCUCUCUUCUCUUCUUCUGUGCUAGUCGCUAGGGCAUCGGGCGAGAAGGUGAAACCGUGAGACCACCACAGCUAGCAAUCGACUGCGAACACCGUCUAGUUACAGUUACUGGUACUUUUCUGGUUUGGGAAUACCCUGUUCUGGGCGAAGGUUGCAGCCAACGGAAACUGGAUUCUGCUCCUUUGUGGCUGGUCUAUUUGCGCUAAGGUCUUGAGCGAAGGGAACCCUCCCCUAGGCGACACAAAUCAUCAGAUUUCAGAUGCCGAACAGUCCCUUUACUACCGGUUUUUCAUACCUGCAAUUGAGAUUGACGCCACUCUACCGCUAGGAAGAAUCUCAGGCCCUUCUCACAACCUUCCUGCUGGUAGAUCCAAGUGCUGGUUAUAUGGGCUUGGAAGAGCCUCCUCUUGAGACCCUACGCCUGAAAUCUCAGGCCUAACAGAGAAGUUUUGAAGGAGAUAUCAUCACCACCAUCUCUCUUUGUUUUGCUGCUGGUUCUUGUUUGUGUCGUGAGGUUGAAGACAACCUCAUAAAGUGAGAACCAAAGCCAAUUCGUCGAAGGAAAUAGAAACUGAGAAACAUGCCGCUUUAUGAUUGUAUGCUGUUAUUGAAGCCCCAUGUUCAGAAGGAGGCUAUGAUGGACUUGGUUGCUCGAGUAGGAGGACAUGUUUACAGAAGGAAUGGUGUUCUUACCAACAUUAAAUCUUUUGGUACAGUUCAGUUGGGUUAUGGUAUUAGGAAACUUGAUGGAAGACAUUACCAGGGUCAACUGAUGCAGAUGACAAUGAUGGCUACACCAAACUUCAACAAAGAGCUACAGUACCUGAAUAAGGAAGAUCGGCUACUUCGAUGGCUUCUAGUGAAGCACAGGAAUACCAAAUAUGGGCUGGAAUUUGUGGGCGAGGACGAUGGAAAGGGUGAGCUGUACAAGUUAACAAGGAGCAGAAUAUAUGAUGAAGAGAUUGAUGAUGUUGACGACGACGAUGAUGAUGAUGAUGAUGAUGAGGAAUAUGAGGUGCAUGAAGAGCAGAACAACGAAAACUGAAAUGUGAAUCAAACUAUUUGGUCCUGCUUAAGUUCUCAUGAUUUUUUCUGUUUCAAAGAGAGUUUGUAUCGUAAUUUCAUUUAACUGGCUUAUGUCUUUUUUGAGUUCUGAAUCAUCUGUAGCUUUGAAGUUGUGUUUAUUCUUGCUUGGUUUGUAAAUGCAUAAUUGGCAUUCUGGUUU